ACUUUUUCCACUGUGUCAAUAUGGGUUGUGUACAGGUAGCUGCUUGUAUCCUGCUGGUGGCGACUCAUGUGGCCUGCCUGCCCCUCAACAAUAGACCAAUUAUUGGGCUGGUUGACCAGAGCACGGGUUCCUACCAUCAAUAUGGCGACACCUACAUCCUCGCAACAUACGUCAAGUUCCUGGAACAGGCCGGAGCUAGGGUAGUGCCUGUAAGAGUCAACCAACCUAAAGAAUACUAUGAAACUCUCCUGUCCCGCCUCAAUGGGGUGUUGUUUCCCGGGGGUGAUCGUAAUCUGACCUCCAGCUACCUCGCCACUGCCGCCAGGAUCAUAUACGACAUCGUCGUCGAGGCUAACGACGCCGGGGAUUUCUUCCCCAUGUGGGGCACCUGUCAGGGCUUCCAACUCCUCACCAACCUGACGGCCAGACACAACUUCCUGGUGCCAACGGAUGCCGAGAACAUUAGCAUGGCGCUUGACUUGAAGCCAGCCUACAAGGAAAGUCGGUUGCUGGGCAACGCCAGUCCUAGCAUCAUCAACACGCUCACAAAGGAGAAAGUCACGCCAAAUUUUCAUCAUUGGGGAGUUAUGGAGAAGACAUUCAGUACCACGCCCUCUCUCCGUGACUUCUACCGGGUCAUGUCAACCAACAAGGACAGGGGAGGGAAGGUGUUCGUGUCCACCAUGGAAGCGUUCAAAUACCCGUUUUAUGCCACCCAGUGGCACCCGGAAGAUAUAAACUACGGUUGGAAUCCCAACUCCGACAUCGACCACACACGGGAAGCCAUCCUCGUCACUCAGUACCUCGCCAACUUCUUCGUUAACGAGGCCCGAAAAAGUCGGCACCGCUUUCCUGACGUCGCUUCCGAAUCUGCAGCCGUCAUGGAGAACUACACGCCUAUGUUCAUUACUGACGGUUCCUUCACUGAAUUAUAUAUAUUUAACUUUACCCAAAGCCCUGUGUAUUAAGCUAUGGCUUCUCACUUUUGUAUACAGGGAACUAAAAUAAAGCUGAUACACCUGACAAUAGUCGGUCAUUCAACAUACAA